AUGACUGUCUUGAAUUUCACAAUUGCGUCAACAUUUGAUUUGGUUGUCUCCAAGGCCGUUAAGAUAUUCGUGACUUGGGGUGAGAUAGCCGCAAUGACAUGGGAUGAUAGCAUAUUCAAGAGGUCUGCCACUAGUUGGGCUGAGAGGGAGGUCGAGAGGGAGUCCAUUAAUUGCUGGAUGGAUGGUGCUGCUUCUGGUCUGGUUUUGAUGCCAUCUUCCAAUAUCAGAGCUACUGCCCUAAGUCCUUCUAUGGCGGUGCAGGGGAUACCUGUGUAUUGGGUGAUAUGGAGGAUUGUUAAGGUCGUGCUCAAGGGAGAGGUUACUCAAAGGGCUUCGGCUUCAGCUCGUGCACUGUGCCCCUUACCCGAGUACGUGCCCUUAAUUUCCGGUGGGCAGAGGGGAAGUCCGACGGAAGUCCGGGGAGUUCCGGAGGACAAACAUCAGUGGAGUUCGGUGGAACUCCGGAAGACUAUGUGGGGACAGAGUAAGGCUACUAUGGAAAUCCGGAGUAGAAACAGAACAGAGGUUAGACUACCCUAA